AUGGACUCUGGCCUAGAGUGUCAGGGCGAACCCUCAAAGCCGAAGGACGAUGAGCCUCAUACACUGUUGGCGAAACAUCUGAAUGGGAAGAAGUCGGAGUGGGAUGCCAUCACCGCACAGAAACAACCCCUGCGGCUCCUUGAUCUGCCAGUCGACAUAUUGCAGGCAGUCUUGCGAGAGUUGACCCAUACAAACGAUCUUACGUCGCUCGCCUUGACCCACUCAGCCCUCCAUGCGCUCGUAAUACCUCAUAUCUACUCCAGAUUCGAUAUCGUUUGGCCGGAUGUGAAUGCGACGUUCGAGAACCGAGUAGGAGUCGAUGCUCUGACCUAUGGGUUGGCAACUUUAGUCAUGGCUCAAGAUGUGUUUGGGGAGGCUCCAUACCAGCAACAGUCGCAGCAUCAAUGUUCACACUGUGGCCAUCAUAACCAGUCGGCCCUGCAAGCGUCCAACAAACCUCGCAAGAUCCGACGUGGAAACUAUUUCGCCCAGUAUACUCGGAAGUUCAGUCUAGGGAAUGGACCCACCGACUGGGUUCAGGAGUAUCUCAUCACAAAAGAGGGUGGAAAGAUGCUGGGGACUCUCGUGGCGCUUGCAGUUGGUAGGAUGCGAAAUCUCGAAGCCUUCAUUUGGGACAUGCCUACCGGGGUGCUUCGAGAUGUUUGGCUCGCGUUGGCCUCUCUGGGGAACCGUGACGACGGACAAGAAUGUCGCCUCGACCGGGUAUGGGUACGAUGGCACGAUAAUCAAGACCAAGGACCGCUCGCUUCACCGCCUCCACCUGGUACCGUGCUUGGUCCGCAGGCUCCGAACCUACCCUCUAUCCUUGCCGGCUCUGCAAAUUCUCUGUUCCAGAUUCCGCCAUAUCCCAGGGUCGAGUUCCCGACAUUCUCGAUCCUACCACCUCUGAGGAGUCUGAGCGUGCUCGAUAUCGACGAGUUGCCCUACGCCGAAGAGAUGAGUGUAUUGAUUGAGAGGUCUCUCGGAAAGCUGAGAGAACUGAGAAUCGGGAUGGCUACGCAUGCGCAAUUUGACAUUUGGGCUCGACCCGCGGAGGACAGAGCUCCCGUUCUCCCUCCACUCAUGCAUGGAUUAGGCGAUCAGUCCCCUCGCCCUGGAGGCAUCCUGGGUAUUCUGGUCCACCGAUUCUGUGACCCCUUUACACAUCAGAAGAGCGGCCCAUCCUCGAAUGUCGAGACUGGGAAGGUUGAGCCCGACGACAAUUUCGGAACAGUGCAGCCCUCGAAUCAAGAGAAGGCAGAUGAGCUUGGGACCCCAGUUAGCCCUUCGGAUAUCAAUCAACUGGGGGUUUUGUUGUCUGCCCACAAUAUCCAAGACUUGGAUGAUCCAGAGCUGGCACCGGAUGCUCCGACCAAGCGAAAUGUCCCCUAUAGUCAGCCACAAAUUACCAAUAGCACAAAUUAUGCUCCAAGUGGUGGGGGUCCAUUCCAGCUCUCGGGCAGAGGUAAGCAUGGGGAGCGAAAGCUAGAACUGGAGGUUCUUGAGAUCGAACGCGUCUAUCUGUCAAUCACGGUGUUAUCCAAUGCGAUUGACUGGUCACGACUGACUACUCUCACCCUGCUGGGCUGUCGAAAUCACGAACAACUGUGGAGAGCGCUCCGAAAACAGUUCACCCCAACCAGUCGGAGAAGAGUGUCAUCCGCAUCGUUCAGAGUUUCGUCCAACGGCCUUGGGAUUCCGAACACGAUGCAACGGCCGCCGAUUAACAACGCCAACUCUCCAGGCUCUACUUCAGCUUUCUCGGAUUAUCCGUUGAAGUUGAGACGGUUGCAUACCGAUAUGGUAUCUCCCUCACUGAUUGCAUUCAUCAGAGACACGCUGGCCCCGGAUAGUCUAGAAUGGCUUUUCUUCCAAGAGAACACUGCGUACAAGUCCCCAGUGACGAUGGACAUGAUUUACAAGAGCGUCAUUCGACGGCAUCGCUCGAGCUUGACCAAAUUACUCAUCGACAGCACAAUCAAGAUAGAUGAUCCAGAUCCUGCGGAGACCAACUGGCAACGGUGGUUGUUCAGCCGGGAACUCCUCACCUGCAUUACCAGCGGCAAGAUGAAGCUGCGUGAAUUGAGCUUGUCGGUUGAGUACAAGGACUGGCAUUAUUUCCUGCGACGCUUGCCGAACGCCACCUCUUUACGGUCGUUGCACAUCGCUCACAUUUCAGACCAUGUCAAUGUCACCGUUCAUUCUCGCGAUGCAGCCUUGCAGGUACUUGACAUUGUUGCCCUCAAGCCAGAACUUGAACUGUGCUAUCUGGCCGUGCAGGGCCAGUGUUUUGAGAUCUUGGAAUUUGCGAAUUCACGCAAGAGCUGGGGAAGGAUCUCUACGGGAUUAACUGGCCUGAACCAUGCUCCGGAAGAUGUCGACACAGACCAAGACGGACCGACUGGAGGACUCCUCGCGCACGCCAUGCACCACCAUCAUCACCACCACCACCACCUUCCACAUAGCCAUGCUCAUCAUGCAUCUCAGAGUAACGAACAAGGCGACGGCGACAUGAAUGAUGACAGUGACUUCGAAGCGGUCUCGGACACUGGCGAUGAGAUCAGCGAGGAAGAGACUGAACAAGGCGCAAGUCCCAACGGGCCCAAACGCACCUGGCGUCUUCGGGAGAUUUUGUUCUAUGAUGACAAGAUAUCGAUUUUCAAGGCAAGGCAUGGACGGUUAUAA